AUGAAGACGUCGGACCUUCGGCUUCCUACCAGGAUCCCCUUCCACGCUGUCGCCGCCUCCACCACCAUCAACCCCGUCAUCACCUUCACCACUAUCGUCUAUUCCACCAUCACCUUCACCACUACCUUUGCCUACAACUAUCGUCUAUUUCACCAUCACCCAUCAUCAUCACCUUCAACCACUGCCUACCAUUAUCGCCUAUUUACCAUCACCCCAUCCACCCAUCACCACCACUAUCACCCACAACACUACCACCCCUAUCAUCACAAGCACCCCCACCAUCAACCACCUACUACUAUCGACAUUACCACAAUGCCCUAUACCAUCACCAUCACAUACCCUCAUCAUCAUCACCACUACCACCCUAUCACCACAAUCAUAACUACCCCAUCCUCACUAAAACCACCAACCACCUAG